CAACUUCCACUCAAGCGCUACUAUACGCGUAUGCCUUUAACCAACAUGGCAACUUGCUAGCAUUGCCCUUUCAGCGUUUGACGUUCUAUACGGUCACCACGUGACUUGUCGCGCUGUCAGGAUGACGCUGUGCUGUAUGAUGCUGAGGCCGCGCUCCGUAUAUUCCUGUGUCGGACACUGAGUGAGACCGGCCCCUGGUCGGGAUGGCGGAGUAUGGGAAUGUGGUUCGACCGGACGUAGCUGCCCUCCAGCAACGAGUUCAAGAGUUGGAAAGGGACAAUGCUGAAUUUCAUCGGACCAAGCAAUUACUUGAGCUGGAAUUUAACCAGAAGAGGGCCAAAUUUAAAGAGUUGUAUCUGGCAAAAGAAGAGGACCUGAAACGUCAGCAAGCUGUAAUACAAGUAGCCCAAGAGGAGAUUGUUCAGCUGAACGUACACCUAUCACAAGCUCGAGCAGAAAUGGAGAACAUUAAGGCCGUAGCUACUGUGUCUGAGAACACCAAGCAGGAAGCCAUAGAUGAAGUAAAAAAACAGUGGCAGGAAGAAGUCGCUUCACUUCAAGCUAUCAUGAAAGACACUGUGCGUGAAUAUGAAAUUCAGUUCCAUCACAGGCUGGAACAGGAGCGAGCUCAGUGGGGUCAAUACCGAGAGUCUGUGGAGAGAGAGAUUGCUGAGCUAAGGCGGAGGCUUUCUGAAGGUCAGCAAGAAGAAAAUCUGGAGAGUGAUAUGAAAAAGGCACAAGAAGAUGCAGAAAAGCUUCGCUCUGUAGUGAUGCCCAUGGAAAAAGAGAUUGGGACUUUAAAAGAAAAGUUGACAGAAGCUGAAGAAAAGAUAAAGGAGCUAGAGGCAUCAAAGAUGAAAGAGCUGAACCAUUAUCUUGAGGCAGAAAAGUCUUGCAGAACUGACUUAGAAAUGUAUGUAGCCGUCCUAAAUACUCAAAAAUCUGUGCUCCAAGAGGAUGCCGAAAAACUGAGGAAAGAACUACAUGAAGUUUGCCAUCUUCUGGAACAGGAGAGACAGCAACACAACCAGCUAAAACACACCUGGCAAAAAGCAAAUGACCAGUUUCUGGAAUCCCAACGGUUAAUGAUGCAGGACAUGAAGCGCAUGGAGUCUGUGCUCACUACUGAGCAGCUUCGGCAAGUAGAAGAAAGCAAAAAGAAAGACCAGGAAGAGGAGCAAAGAACCAGAAAAAGAAAAGAGAAAGAGACAGUGCAAAAAGAAGAAGAAUACACAAAAGUUAUCCUGGAGGAAUCAGUUUCAAAUCUAAAGCAAGAGGAACAGAUAAACAGUUUACAUGGCUCAAUACAUUCAUUAGAUACAGACAUUAUGUUACACGAAGGGGAUUCUUUUAAUAAACAAGAGGACUUGUUUAAAGAUGGACUUCGAAGAGCUCAGUCUAGCGACAGCUUGGGGGCUUCUGGACCAAUGCAAACGAAAACACUGGGCCACAACAACAAAGCGAAAUCUGCUGGAAAUCUCGACGAGUCUGAUUUUGGACCAUUAGUUGGAGCAGAUUCUGUUUCUGAAAACUUUGACACAUCUUCCCUUGGUUCUUUGCACAUGCCAAGCGGAUUUAUGUUAACCAAAGAUCAAGAAAAAGCAAUCAAGGCAAUGACUCCUGAACAAGAAGAAACAGCAUCUCUGCUCUCAAGUGUCACACAGACCCUGGAAUGCACAUAUGUUCCUCCAUCUGGUUAUCGUCUCGUUAGUGAAACAGAAUGGAACCUACUUCAGAAGGAGGUCCAAACAGCUGGAAAUAAGCUGGGAAGGCGCUGUGAUAUGUGCUCAAACUAUGAAAAGCAGCUGCAGGGGAUCCAGACUCAGGAGGCAGAGAUCAGAGACCAAGUUAAAAAACUGCAGUCUAUGCUCCGACAAGUGAACGACCAACUGGAAAAAACCCUGAAAGACAAGAAGGAUCUAGAGGAUUAUAUGAAGCAAAAUACAGAGGAAACCAGUACUCAGAUAUCAACACUUACCAUUCGAACUAACCAGUCUGAAACUCUGUUAGCUGACUUACAACAAGCCUUCACACAGGCAAAGCGGAAUAUUCAAGACCAAAUGGCUGUGCUAAUGCAUUCUCGUGAGCAAGUCUCUGAGGAGCUCCUAAGACUACAGAGAGACAAUGAGAGCCUACAAGGAAAGCACAGCUUGCAUGUGUCCCUGCAACAAGCAGAGAAUUUCAGCCUCCCUGAAACCAGUGAGGAGCUUCAGAACCUCGUUUUGAAAUAUCGUGAGGAUAUUAUUAGUGUCCGGACUGCAGCAGACCACCUUGAGGAGAAACUGAAGGCAGAAAUCCUUUUCCUGAAAGAACAAAUUCAGGCCGAGCAGUGUCAGAAGGAGAACAUUGAAGAAACUCUACAAAUUGAAAUAGAGAAUUGCAAAGAAGAGAUAGACAUCUUAGAAGCUUCUACAUCAAGCUUAAAACUUGAAUUGGACAGAGUGAAAGCAGAGAGAGAGCAGUUAGAGGCCAGCCUGCAAGAAAAGACCCGGGCGCUACAGAACCUACAGACUCUAAAGGACUCCUUGGAAGAUCAACUGAAAAAAGAGACUGGAGGCAAGGCAAGUCUUGAGCAGUUGGUGUUUGAAGAGAAAAACAAGGCCCAGCGACUACAAACUGAGCUAGACGUCAGUGAGCAAGUGCAGAGGGACUUUGUAAAGUUGUCACAAACUCUACAGGUCCAGCUGGAGCGAAUUAGACAGACGGACUCAUUGGAGGCAAUCCGUGCUAUCCUGAACGACACAAAACUGACUGAUAUAAAUCAGCUGCCGGAGACAUGACCCCUCUUCUUCUUUUAAGGACUUGAGGCUCUAACUGAGUUUUUUUUUUUACUAAAAAGAAAAAAACUCAUCUUUCUAGUAACAUUAAUUAUUAUUUAACUCUUUUCUCAAGGCAGAGAAUGAUACAAAUGUGAAUGAAAUGGUGACUGGCAACAGCCUGAAAGGCAAAUCAGGAGAGAAAGCAAAGGAUGAAUUUCUAUUGUUCGGAACACUAAUGAAACCCAACAUCACUGUGUCUGGAUAAAUGGAGAUGUUUCUCCCAUACAAAACCUGUGUAUCUGGUCUUUAUUUCUCUUUUCUGAUAGACACUUAUUAAAUGCAAUCAUCCCUACAAAUUACAGCAGCUCUAGGGGCCUUCUGUGACUGAUUAAUGAUUUGUGAUUCUUGCCAGCCCUUCAUGGGGAUCAUUUACUGCAAAUUGCUUACUUUCCAACGUUAUUUCCCAUGGGGAAAAGAGCCCAGCUUGUCCAUAGUUGAGCUGAAUUUGCUGGGCAGUAGCACACAGGAAUUUGUUGACAAAAUGGAGUCUCUGUUCUGUUUGGCUUAAUUAGUAACAAAUGAACAGAUCCCUGAAUCCUGCUGUAGUCAAACGCUCAUUAAACUGUGCUUUUAUCAAUAACACCUCCUAAUCUGCUUGCUUUCAAUAACUGCGGGUCAGCUGUCGGCUUGUUCCCAACCCUGAAGCUUGUGUGUGAGUAUGGAUAACAACCACGUCAGCCUCCAACAUCCAGAACUGAGGUUUGUUAGCUUGUAAAUCAGAGGGACUUCUUUGUGUCAGACCAAGGUGCAGUACAACUAAACAUAUUUAUAACCAGAGAGACAAAAGAUCAUAGACGAUAAACAAUAGUUUUGUUUAAAAGCAGCUAACUAAUGGUGGCCCUAAUCAGGCUUGGGCUGCUGUAAGAUGCCAUAGCGUUAGUCAAUAUUUAUUGGGCCUGAGACUUAAAUCCCAGUCCAGACCUGGUGGCCAUUGUAUGAAUGCAUUUAGUAUCACACUGUAUAGAAACAAAAUCAUUGGACUAGAAAAAGAAUUUCUGCAAAUUCCUAACUAUUUUUUAACCUGGCUAUACUUACUAUAGCGCAUCAUGGGGCUGAUUUACAAACAGCUGCUAAAUGGCACAAGUGCAGAUGCCAGUUGUAACCAAUCAGCAUUUAGUUUUGAACAGUGUACUACAAGCUGGAAACGUGUUUCUAUAUCAGCCCCCCCUGUGAAUAUUCCACUGUGCAAUGUUUUAUGCAGCAGGGCAUGUGGCUACCGAUCAUGUAUCAAACUACAGCAGUAUUUUUAAACAAUUCCUUUUGAACAUUAUAAUUUCUUCUAUUUACAUGUAAUUAACUAUUAGGUGUGGGUGCACUUUCUAUUUAUAUAGUUCCAAGACUCCCAAUUCUCCCCCCGUAGAACAGCUAACCUAAACAUUUGUAAGCCUCAAAGAGUUUUUCUAGGCAUGAUGCUCAUUUACUUCAUUAUAAUGUAACCAUAACCUUAGAGAGAGAUGAAUAUUUAUUAUGUGAUGGAGAAUACUUGGAAUCAUUAUGCUUGUUGGAAUAUGCUAGGUACUUUUAAGGGGAUUGCACAUGUACUGCUCUUGCCUAGAAUAUCAUUCAUGUGAUUGCAAAGCUGACUAACACAGCAAGAUCUGAGUGCUGGGGCAUUUCAGGCUAAACUGAUAGCUUGCCCCUGUCCCCUCCCACCAUAAAAUGGACCUAUACGGACUGAUGGAGAGAGUACUGCAUGAACAGGCCAAUGUUCUUGGCUUAAAGAGCUUUUGAAACCACCUCUAUUGACUUACUGGGCCAUUUAUGGCAAUAAGCAGUUAGUCACCAGCUCUGCUUGGAGAGGCCAAUUUGACAGCUAAAAUUGAAUAACAUGGAAAGCUUAGCAAACUUGCUUUUUUAAGCAUUGCCAUGCACUAUGAAACAUUGAUAAUAUACAGUCUGUAACACAAAAUAUACAAGAAAUGGAUUUUAUACAAAUUGUGUAAGUUACAUUUGCAUGUACAGCUAAAAUGGUAUCUAGUGCAAGGACCUGGAUCAAUGACAAGUGCUAAACACUAGCACGUUUGCCUCCUUGCUGCACAGAUUUAAGUCAUGCUAAACAUUACCCCUAUUUCUUUCUACCCUUAAUGCUUCUGGGACUUUAACAACUGUAUUAUCUUUUAUGUAGCACAUUACUAUGUAUAAAUCAUUAAUCAGACUAAUAUACAGAAUGAAAGAAAUCAAGUUUCAUUAAGUGUUUCUUUCAGGUGAUGGAGGGGUCUGGAUUAAACCAUAGCUUUAUUAAUGUCCACCCCCUCUCACAGAGUGAAAUGGUAUCAUCUUAUACUGUGUUAAACAAGUGUUUUACAGCAUGUUUGCUAACCUGUUUUAUUGACUUCUACCAAUAAAUGACAACUACUAUAGUAAGAGCAUCAGUUUUCCAAUGACAUAAUGUGGUAUGCUCUUUCCUGUUAGUCAGAACAUUCUCAUUUAAAGCUAGAUAAAGUCAGAUUUUAUCAAAAAAAACACCAGAACUUACACAAACUGAAAGGGUAUACCAUCUUCCAGCAACUGAAGCCAUUGAUGUUCUGUGUGAAUGUGAGUAUUGGGUUCUGUUAGUCAGAAUUCUAAUAUAAUCCUUUGUAAACUGUACUGAAGAUGUGUCUGUAAAGAAAGUGUUGAUGAUUAAAAAAAAGCUGCUGAUGAGUCUA